GGCGGAUAAAACAACAAAAGUGUCACUAAACGUUGUUAAUUUAGCUGCGCUCAGAACUGAGAAGAAAUUUAGCGGCUUAAACAUAUAUAUAUUGAAAAAAACUGAGAGUCAUAUAUAAACGACCAAAUGCAUAUCUCUUUUGUGAACAUCGUCCUUAGUUUCUCUGCAAUCUUUUUGAUCAUUAUGGUAUCAGAAGGAACAGAAGUAAGGAAGAAACGUGACAUUUCCAACCAACUUCCAAGAAUAGUAACUUCUGAUGGUCAUCUUAUAUUCAUGACUGGUGUAAACCAUAACAUUACUUUCAAGUCAUCCUCAGGUGGUUUUGUUAACAUCGAUGGGCAUGAUUUAAAAGAUUUGAUCUCAUCUCAAAAGAAACUUAAUGUAAACUUGAAAUCUGAAUUAGAACAAAUGAAAGCUUCUCAGCAAACUUUGAAUUCACUGUUAUAUACUAAUAUAACACGGAAGCUGACCUCAAUGGAACAAAACUAUAACAGGUUGAAAAGCCGUCUUCAAAAUUUAAACCUAAAUCAGUCAGGUUCUGGAAGCAGUCUUAUAUCCAGAAUAAUAUCUUUAGAAAACAAAUUGAGAUUUGAUCCAAGGGUGCUGCAGUCAUCAGUCGAACUGUUAAAAACACAAGUCUCAAAUUUGCUGUCACAAUCUUCACAGACACCUCCAAGUGCUAGCCAGUUGAGAACACUCAAAACGACUGUUGAUCAGUUGCAAUCCUCAGUCCAAGAAGUUAAAACUGAUUUGGAAGAAGAUAAUUGUGCCAGUAAUCCUUGUUUACAUGGUGGAACUUGUUAUGAUCGCUAUAAAGGCUUUUACUGUAACUGUAUUCCAGGAUGGAUGGGCCCAUCAUGUAGUGAAGAUGUCAAUGAAUGUUCAGAGUUUGUUGGUACUCAACUGGGAUGCCAGAAUGGGGGCACAUGCAUCAACACUUAUGGAAGUUACAGGUGUCAGUGUUCUGCAGACUGGCAUGGAAUUCAUUGUUCUACCCGUCAUGAUGAUUGUACAGGAUCUUCUUCUAGUGAACUCUGCGGUCAUGGUACAUGUGUCAAUGUGAAGCGUCAGCAACCGAAUCAACCCAAAUACAGUUGCAUCUGUGAACCUGGCUGGACACAUCCUUCAAGUAGUCCAUCUUGCACUGUAGAUAUAGAUGAAUGUAACCUUGUAUCUUCACCUUGCUUUAAACAUGCUCAAGUGCAUUGCAUAAAUCUUCCAGGUUCAUUCCGGUGUUCUCCAUGCCCUACAGGUUUCACUGGAAAUGGCUUCAGCUGUAUGGAUAUAAAUGAGUGUGAGACAAGUAAUGGGGGCUGUUCCCUUGUUCCUCUUGUGGACUGCUUAAAUACUUAUGGUUCAAGAUCAUGUGGCCCAUGUCCUGCAGGUUACACAGGAGAUGGUGUGACUUGUAAUUAUGUUGGUUUUUGUGGAAGUAACAAUGGUGGAUGCCAUCCAUCAGCAACAUGUUCAGAAAACACCUAUGCUCCAGGCCAACGAGUAUGCACUUGUCCAUCUGGAUAUUUUGGCUCUGGUAUUGGUCCCAAUGGUUGUUCUCAAAGUUCUGCCAGUAAUCCAUGUACAAACAAUAAUUGCAUGAAUGGUGCUACUUGCCAGGCUGUGUCAAGGAAUUCUUACACUUGUGUAUGUCCGAGUGGAUUUACUGGUGAGCGCUGUAGUGAAGCCGCAGGUGCCUGUUCCUCAAAUCCAUGUUUAAAUGGAGGAACGUGUUCAGUUUCAGGAACUUCUUAUAUUUGCCUAUGCAACUCUUCAUUUACUGGGCCACGCUGCCAAGCACAAGUACAAGAUUGUGGAGGCAGUUAUACAGGUGUAAAUGGAUCCUUCAGUUACCCCACUGUGGAAGGUGAAACCUAUCCCCAUUCAAUUGUUUGUGAAUGGAUUAUACAUGUACCCUUUAACAAGGUGGUACACCUUAAUUUUACAGCAUUAGACACAGAAUGUCGUUAUGAUUAUGUGGAAAUACAUGACGGAAGAAAUAAUUUAUCCCCUUCUCUAGGCCAGUUCUGCAAUUUGAAUUCACUUCAAAACAGGUCACUCAUUAGUACAACAGAUAGGAUGUUUAUAAGAUUUCGAUCUGAUCACAAUAUUGCCAAAACAGGCUUUCGAUUAAAUUGGAGUGCUCAACUACCAGUUUGUGGUGAAACAAUUCGUGGUAAAACCCAUGGAGUAAUUAGAAGUCCUGGAUAUCCUCACAACUACCCUCAUAACCGUGAUUGCGUGUGGACAAUUGAAGUAGAACCUAAUAAGGAUAUUUACAUACAUUUUGGAGAGGUUUCACUUGAAGAUGGUGUGUUUUGUUAUGAUUAUCUUGAGAUUAGGAAUGGUCUAACAGCUGAUGCUGCAUUAUUGAGAAAAAUUUGUCACUCUGGUUCACCAAAACCACUGAGAUCUACUGAGCCAUAUCUCUAUAUUAGAUUUCAUACGGAUUCAAGCUACAGUGCUAAAGGAUUUCAUAUAUCGUUUUCUUCUAUGGAAGACCUUCAAGGCUGUGGAGGCAUGCGGGCACAAAAAGAAGGUGUGAUUACAUCAACAAACUUCCCUAACUCCUACGGAAGCAAUGAAGAUUGUGUGUGGAUAAUCCAGCCACAGCAUACUGUGAUAUUUUCCUUUGAUGUUCUUGAUCUUCCUGGUGAAAGUCCAUGUUUAUCAGAUUAUGUGGAGGUUCGCGAUGGUUCAUUACCAGUCUCUCCUUUGAUUGGUCGCUAUUGCGGACAAACCAAACCAUCAGAAAUUUUCUCAAACCAGAAUAGUAUUUGGGUACAUUUUAAAUCUAACGUUUCUGAUACCCACAUGGGUUUCAGAGCCCGGUGGAAAGUUGCUUGUGGUGGAACUUACAGAGAACCAUCAGGAGUACUCCAGACACCAUUCUAUGGAGCAAGUGGAGACAAUGAUACAAAUGAAAUAUGCAUAUAUGUUAUCUGGCAACAACCGUCAAAAUUGAUUUCACUAAUAUUUGAAAUAUAUUCUUAUUAUGAUCAAAGUUUAAACGCUACUAAUUGUACUUCAAACUAUAUUGAAAUUCGACAAGGAACCUCCAAGACCUCUCCUCUACUAGGCAAAUAUUGUAAUUAUGUUAACCUCCCACCUGCAAUAACUGCACAAGGACAAAUGAGAAUUGAGUUCAAAGGUGGCUCAGGAAGUUUGGGUUUUAGAGCAAAUUAUACCACAAAUGAUGCAGGUUGUGGUGGUGUUCUGACAGGACCAUUGGGUACAGUUGCCAGUCCCCUGAAAGGUGAUUCUUAUCCAAACGGAAUACGAUGCAUCUGGAAUAUUAUUGUGGAUCCCCAGCUGUUAAUAACAUUGGUUUUCACGCAAUUUGCACUUGAAAGUCAUUCAACAUGUGACCACGACUAUGUCAAAAUCAUUGAUGGAAAGAAACCCAGUAAUGAACUAAAAUAUUGUGGUAGCAACAUUCCACCAGCUUUUACAUCAUCUUCAAGCAGAAUCACUGUGAUAUUUAAGGCAGAUAGUUCAGUUGCUUUCCGUGGAUUCAAAGCGAUGUAUGGAGUUAUCAACAAUACAAAUGUCUGUGGAGGAACAUAUACUGCUUCGGAAGGGGUGCUGAUGUCCCCAGAUUAUCCAGAUCCAUUAAGUAGACCUGUUAGGUGCAUUUGGGUUAUAAAUGUACAACAAAAUACCCAGAUACGGUUGAAUGUUACUGACUUUGGUCUCGUCUCUGUAAUAGGAUGUUCAUUGAAUUUCUUAGAAAUACGACAGGGAAGUUAUGAAACAUCUCCACUUCUUGGACGAUACUGUGGCCAGAAUAUACCUCAAAUAAUAUUAUCUCACAGCAACCAUUUGCGAGUUACACUGGUAAAGAAAUACUCACGAAGCGUAAAAGGUUUCAAAAUUCUCUAUGAUUCAUUGACAACAGGAUGUGGUGGAGAACUUUAUGCAGAGUCUGCUACCAUUGAAUCCCCUCAUUACCCGCUUAAUUAUUACCACCAAGCAGAAUGCUUGUGGAAUAUAAGAGUUGCUGCUGGAAGUCGUCUCAUACUUGUCUUCCUUGACUUCCAGUUAGAGAAUUCUUGUAUAUAUGAUUAUUUAGAGGUUCGGGACACAAACCAGUAUGGUGUCAGUCUUGGAAAAUUUUGUGGUAUGCAAAAACCUCCAACCCUGACCUCGCUAUCGAAUCGAUUAUUUAUCAAAUUCAGAACUGAUGGAUCUGUCUCUUAUCGUGGUUUUAAAUUCAGCUACAACACUGUGUGCAAUCAAAUGGAAUUAACAGAUAUAAAUGGAAUUAUAGAAUCUCCAGGUUUCCCACGACAAUAUGGUAACAGAAAUAAUUGCACUUGGGUUAUCAGAGCCCUUUAUCGGAAUAAUGUCAGGCUUGAAUUUUCUCAUUUUGAUACUGAACCAGGAUUAAAUUGCAAAUAUGACUAUUUAGAAGUGCGUAAUGGAGACCAGGCCAAUAGCCCUUUACUUGGGAAAUUUUGUGGACGUACUUUACCAUCAAGAUUAACGUCAUCAAAUUCAGCUUUAAGACUUCACUUUGUUACUGAUACCUCUCUAGUAAAACUUGGUUUCAGAGUAGAAUAUUUCCAGACUGGUUGUGUAAGGAAGCUAACUUCGCUUUCUGGAAAACUAAGAGCAAGGAGUUGGCAUGUCAAUGAUUACUUUUGUAUCUGGCUUAUUACUGUCAAUCCUGGGAGAAAGGUACAGUUAAAUGUUACCCGUGUAACAUUAGGAGGUUCUGAAGUAUGCAAUUCAACAUUUUUAAAGGUUUUUGAUGGUGAUAAUUUAAAAUCUUCAGUGCUAGCAAACUUAUGUCACAGUAUACCAAAACCCAUGCUGCUCACUUCCACUGGAAAUAAAAUGACUGUAUUGUAUGCAACUGCUAAAUUUGCUCCAGAUGGUUUUCAAGUAGAAUAUAAGGAAAUUAAAGGAGGUUGUGGUGGUAAUUAUGUUAUACAGGAUGGUUCACUCACAUCACCUAACUAUCCUCAUAACUACCCACAUAAUUCAAAUUGUGACUGGCUAAUUACUCCUAAAAGAGGACAUUUUGUAAAAAUACAAUUUGUAGAUUUUCAUAUUAAUGGAAACUGUUCAUCAAACUAUCUCACAAUGUCUGAGAGAAAUAUCCCAGGUGACCAAUACUGUGGUCACUCUUUACGAGGACACACAUUUACAUUUGACUCUGCUGUAUUAAUAACAAUGCAUACUGACAAUAGCAGUUUGGCAAAAGGAUUUAAGCUUAAGUAUUCACAAGAGUGUGGUAACAGAUAUGAUGCAACUUCUGAAGGAGAGAUUCAAAGCAGUGACAUGCAAGACUCAAGAACAUGUAGAUGGUUACUUGAAGCUAAUAAGACUAAUGAACGUGUCACAUUGCAUUUCACAAAAUUUUUUGCUGACAUCAAUUGCAAGAAAGACUAUGUGAAGGUUCUGGAUGGUAUUGAUGAGGCUGCUCCUGUAAUUGGAACAUACUGUGGUCGACAAUUGCCACCUACAAUUACAUCUAUGGGUUCAGCACUUUAUGUAAUCAUCCAGAAAAAUGAAAGCCUCAUAUUCCAUGCAACGUUUUCAACAUCUACAUCAAGUUGUGGUGGAAAAUAUCAUGCUGGCACUGGAUCUUUCAGUACACCAUUUUACCCAGAAAACUAUCCUCUUGAUAUAAUGUGUAUUUGGAAUCUUAUAAAUUCACCUGGCAAUAAGGUACAGGUAGCAUUCAGUGUUUUUAAUCUUGAAUAUCAUGAGUUUUGCAAUAAAGACUACCUUGAAUCAAGACAUGAAAAUGCAGGUGGAAACAUUAUUGGUCGGUUUUGUGGAAGUACGUUUCCUCGUAAUAUCUCAGCUACUGAUGGUUUAUGGCUAAAAUUUCGCUCAGAUGAUGAAAUAAAGGGCCAAGGAUUUGUGGCACAUUUUUCUCAAAAAUUUGGUGGAGAUUUGACUGGAAGUUCUGGCUCAAUCAUUAUUCCUGCAUGGGAUGCACCUUACGAGGUUACUGAGUGGACAAUUACUGUGGCAAAUAACUUGGUGGUGUUUCUGUCAUUAUUUCGAAUGAAGUUCCUUAUCUUUGAAAAUGACUGUGUGGGUUAUUUAGAGAUCCAUGAUGGUGGUACUCGCAAUAGUCCACUAUUGGGUAAGUAUUGUAAAGAUGAGGCUGUGAAAAUAGCAAGUUCUUCAAACCAAGUCUAUCUGAAGUAUGUUCCAUUUGCAAAUCGCAAACAAGAGUUUUCACUCAAUUGGACAGCAGUGGACAAUAUAACAGCUUCGAUUAUGAUUAAUAUGAACGUCCUAAGACAGCGAAAUGUGUACAGUUUUAGAGCUUUUAGUGAACCAAAAGUCAUCACAUCUCCUGGCUACCCGAAUGGUUAUAAACCCAAUUUGAAUUAUUUAUGGACAAUUCGAACUGAUGUUGGAUUCAAAAUUUCAAUAAAUAUUACAGACCUGAAUAUGGAGCGAAAUUGCUAUAGAGAUUAUCUUUACUUUACACGAAUGUACAGACGUUAUUGUAGAAUGAGUCAGGUAAAAGGACCAAUACAUUCAUAUUCCAACGUAAUGAUGAUCCACUUUAGAUCUGAUGGAAGCAACAAUGGAAGUGGAUUUAGUCUGGAAUAUAAAAAAGUAUGUGGUGGUCGAUUUAGAGUAAGAAAGAGAGUUACAAUCUAUUCUCAUUAUGGCUCUGAUAUGAAAGACUGUCAAUGGUACUUCUUUACUCAUUGGCGAAAAAGAUUGGUAGUAAGCUUCACAAGCAGUUUCUACUUUGCUACCACUGAAAACUGUUCUAGUAAUUACAUACAGAUAUUAGAUGGUAGACUGCCCAGUAGCCCAGCUCUUGGUAAUGCUACAGAUGGAAAAUAUUGUGGAUAUACUGCUCCUGCCAAAAUGGUUACCUCAGGGAGAAACCUUUACAUAAAUAUUUCUACUGCAAGCUAUCCUUUAUUUACAUUAGUAGUGCAUACAUAUAAUGGUGAUUGUGGAGGUCAUCGGUAUAUUGAUAGUUCUGGAGUUGGUUACCUUCAGUCUCCUAAUUAUCCUAAAAACUAUCCAAUUUAUAUCGAAUGUGAGUGGGUCAUAAAUGCUCCACCUAUGAAAAGGAUUCAGAUCGACUUUGUUGGUAAUAUCAGCAUCGGUUACACUCGUAGAUAUGGAUGCUCAGAGUUUAUUGCGUUCUAUGAUGGUGGUACCAGUCGUUCACCUAGGAUCAGUAGAUUAUGUGGCCAAAAAACCACUACACAUACUAUUUUCUCUCAAAGCAGUGUAUUGUUUGUGCGAUUUCGUACACGCUAUAGUUCCUAUAAGGGCUUUAAGCUCAAAUAUUCAAUAGCAAAGUGUGGUGGCACAUUUAAUGCUGAACAUGGCCACAUCAAGAGUGAAAAUUAUCCUCAAAAUUACGAAAAUAAUGUAAAUUGUGAGUGGGCAAUAAGGCUUGUUCCUCGUUAUUAUAUUACUCUGGACUUUGAAGAUUUUAAGCUGCAAACAUCUCCAAACUGUUCAGCAGAUUAUUUAUAUAUAUAUGAAAAGAUACCAGAAGAAAGGACACUCUUCCACUCUUGUGGACACAACUCUACUCAAAGUAUACAAUCAACCGCACAUGAAGUUUUCAUAGUUUUCAAAACCGACUCUAAUCAAAUAGAUCAAGGUUUUUCACUUCGUUACAGUGCAAAUCCUCAUACAUGUGGUGACACUUUGACCCAGUCUGAAGGAACUAUCACCUCACCUGGCUAUCCUGAUAAAGUGAAUGCAAGAUGGUCUUGCAUAUGGAAAAUAGAAGUUAAUCCAGACAGAAGAGUCUAUCUAAAAUUCCAAGAUAUAGAUUUAUAUAACUGUAGGAAUGCAUACGUGAAAGUUUACCAAACGUUAUCUUUUGAAUAUCCUAUGAUAACAUUCUGCAAUAAUGGAGUCCAAGAGAUCAAAUCAUCUCAAAAUACAAUGAAAAUAAUGUUUACAACACGUAGAAGCUUUUCUUCAAAAUUUAAAGCAUAUUAUACAACUCUGGAAGGCAGAUUAUGUGGUGGUUUGCUGACAAGUGAUUCUGGCUCAGUCAUUUCUCCAGAAUCUGAUGGAUCUAAUAAUGCACAAGUAGUUGUCUGCACAUGGUUACUGCAACCUACUCCAAGAGAUAAUAUGACAAUCGUGAUUAACAUUGAAAUGAGAAAUAAUCAACGUUGCAAUGAAAAUUAUUUUAAUGUUAUAGAAGGAAAUGAUGCAACAGGUGAUCUUUUAGGAAAAUUUUGUUUAAAUAACACAAGUGAAGUGAUUGUAUCUUCAAGUCAUUCCUUAUUUCUACAAUAUGUCACUCAGAAUUUGAACUCCCAUGACAGACUAUCUUUCAACUAUACAAUAAAAGAAUGUGGUGGCAUAUUAACUAAUGGAUUAGGUAUGAUUUCAAGUCCUAAUUAUCCUAACUCCUAUCCAGCAAAUAUUAACUGCAUGUGGAAAAUAGUUGGAGAUGAAGGGCUGAAAAUUAAUCUAACUAUGAUGCAUGUUGAUAUUGAAAAUAGUGUAAACUGCACCAAAGAUUAUAUUGAUAUUCUAAAUGGUGAGCAUCACACUUCUCCUUCACUUGGUAAAAUCUGUGGCGCGGUGACAACAAAAACUCUUCGAACUGGAAGCAAUACAGCUAUCAUUCUCUUUAAAUCUGAUGGCAUUACCAGUGGAGUGGGCUUUCAAAUACGCUAUCAAAUAGAAAACGAUGGUUGUGGUGGAGUUUACAGUAAACAUAAUGGAGAAAUAAUGAGUCCGAAAUACCCCAAUAGCUAUCCUCCUAACAGAGAAUGUACAUGGGAGUUGCGGGUACCAAAUGGUUAUAGACUAAACCUGAGUUUUGUUCCACCAUUUGAUUUGGAACAUUCAGAGGGAUGUGUAAACGACUAUGUGAAGUUGGAAGUUCCAACUUUUAACAAUACACAGAAUACUUCAAAAUAUUGUUCCAAUAUAGUACCAGACACAUCUAGUUUCUUUACCUCGAUUAUGACCAUAACUUUCAGAUCAAAUUCUGAUAUAAGUGGCAGUGGCUUUUUAGCAAGAUGGAAAGCUGAAUGUGGUAGUUAUUACACAGAACCGACUGGAGUUAUAUCGUCCCCUGGAUUUCCACUUGGCUAUGAAAAUAACCAAAAUUGUUUUUAUACAAUCACGGGAAACAACAACACCUAUGUUCUGUUGACAGUUAAACAUUUCAGCCUUCAAGGAGAUUGCAGGGCUGAUUAUUUGAAGAUAAGCGCUGCUGAAAGCACUUAUCAUGAAGGCAUUUAUUGUAGAAGUAACAUACCAAUGUUCAUGAUGUUCAAAGCACCAGUAAACUUUUAUUUCAGAACCGAUGCUUCUAAAACAUCAAUUGGUUUUGAAAUAAUCUAUAAAAAGUAUGAUUGUGGUGGAGUUUUAACUAAUCCAACAGGAGAGAUAGAACUUGUGAAGCCUUCCCAUUUCUAUAUAUCAAAAAUGAACUGUAGUUGGGAAAUAACUGUCCAAGAAAACAGAUCAGUAGAACUAAAGAUCAACCUCCAUGACUCUUCAACUCACAAUUGUUAUUAUACUUACAUUUUAAUAUUUGAUGGAAAUACGCAAUUGGGAAAAUAUUGUGGCGGUGGUUCAACCAAGUUUGUUCGUUCAAGAAGUAAUAAAAUGACUAUUAAAUUUUUGUCAAGAUACAGUUUUAAUUUCCCUGGAUUUAAAGCUACUUAUGAUACAAUUUUUGGAGUCAAUCAAGGAUGUGGUGGACGCCUUUUCAAUAAAUCCGGAUCAAUAUCAUCAGUUAACUUUGAAAAUAUCAAUCUUUAUGAGAAAAAUCUUAAUUGUGAAUGGAUAAUCACAGCAGGUGCCAAUGAAUACAUUGAACUGUCAUUUGAUUCUUUUGAUGUUCAACAGACAGAAAAUUGUGAAGCUGAUUACCUGAAAGUAUUUAAUCAUGUGGAAUCAAAAAAUCUUUGUGGCUCAACAAUUCCAUCAAACAUAACUUCAUCAACAAAUACAAUACAUUUAACAUUCAAAACGGAUGAUGAGACUGAAAGAUCAGGUUUCAAACUGAGAUACAGAAUAGUAUCAAUUGAGUGUGGAGGAAGUUUUAAUGGUACAACAGAAUCUCAAAAUAUUUCUGGACCAACAGCUUCUACUGGUUUGGAGCAUGUAACAAUGUGCCGCUGGAUUCUUACUGCUCCAUUAAAUCUAAAUGUUAGAAUACAAGUUACUCUAAUGAAUAUGAGCCAGAACUGUUUAGAAGACUACAUUUUGCUUAAGUGCUUAAGAAUGCCAAAUAUGCUACACAACAUAUAUUGUGGAAAUCAGUUACCACCAGUAUUUUAUUCAUUAGGCAGUUCUGUUGAAAUCAGCUACAGAUCUCUUUCACUAUCAGAAACACCAAAAUUUGAAUUGUCCUUCAAACUUUCAGGUUGUAAUCGUACCUAUACAGCUGCUAAUGGAGAAAUUUUCAGUCCUGGCUGGCCCAAUGUGUAUCCACGCUCUAGCAGAUGUUUUUUCAGAAUAAUCACACCAGAGGGCACUAAAGUCUCAUUGUUCUUUCAUUUUUUUAAUGUUGAGUAUCAUUAUAGAUGUAACUAUGAUUAUCUCCAGAUUCUCUAUCAAUACAACUCAACAAAUAAUUAUUCUUCACAAUACUGUUACAAUCGGUUACCAGAUCCAAUAUUUACAGAAAGUAAUUAUAUAAACAUGAGUUUUUACAGUGAUAAUAUCAUUAAUAAGAAAGGUUAUCAUCUAAUAUUUACCUCUACAACAAAAGAAAGUGGUUGUGGUGGAAAUCUGACAACCGUCAACGGAACAUUUGCCAGUCCAAAUUAUAGACUAAACAGCAACUUCAGUUUGAGCAAUACAGAAUGUGUUUGGAAGAUUACCGUGCCACACGGCAGAAAGAUAAAACUGGAUUUCUCUCAGAUUAGUUUGGAUGACAAAAACACAACAGUUAGCUGUACUACAAAUUAUGUCAGUGUUUACAGUGGUGUAAAAGGACCCCAAAAUUUCAUCGGUUCUUAUUGUGGACAAGAUCAACCAGAUACUAUUAUAUCACCAUCAAAUGUGUUGAGUGUGAUCUUAAAAGUUGAUGGCAUUUACAAAGCUCCAAAAUUCAUAAUCCGGUAUAUAAGUGAGUGGAAAUAAACAUUUAGAUUUCAUAUGCAGCCCGUUUGGAUCAUAGAAUCACAUCCGUUCACAUUCAAUUAAUUAGAUUUGUUUUUUUUCUCUUUUUUGUGUGUGUUUGUGCUUUACUGACAAUUUUGAAGUAUGAACAGUUGAAUCUUAAUGUACUUGUUUUUAAAAAGUAAAGUUAUUUAUAUUC